CAGCACAGCGGCCCCGCCGGAAAUAACGCUCGUCUUUCCCCCUUCACUUUCAUCUUCUCCGAAGAAUCAGUCUCUUACACUUCCAAGGAUUGACUCGGGAUGGGUCUGGGUUCUUGCAUCUGCCAUUGCGAAAUGCUCUCACAGCCUCUUCGUGUCUCUUCUCCUAAUCUGCGGGUGUCGAAAGCCAACACUACAAACCCUACCAAGUUUGGGGUGCCAAAAGAUUUAUCUUCCAUAUGCUUUCGGCCGUGGCAGUUUGCAGGGAUUCAAUGUUCUCAUAAACAGAGGGACGUAUCUGCGGGCGCCAUUGCCACUCCCCCAGUUGAAGAUGUCAGUCUAACAUCUCCAAAAGCGGGGAAGAGAACGGACUUGAGGAAAAUUUUGAUACUUGGAGCUGGACCUAUUGUGAUUGGCCAAGCUUGCGAGUUCGAUUACUCGGGGACUCAAGCUUGUAAAGCGCUCAGAGAAGAAGGUUAUGAAGUCAUACUGAUAAAUUCGAAUCCGGCGACGAUAAUGACUGAUCCUGAAAUGGCCGAUAGGACGUACAUCACACCGAUGACGCCUGAGUUGGUUGAGCAGGUUCUUGACAAGGAGCGUCCGGAUGCCAUAUUGCCGACCAUGGGUGGGCAGACUGGGCUUAACCUUGCGGUGUCUCUGGCUGAGAGUGGUGCUUUAGACAAGUACGGAGUUGAGUUGAUCGGCGCCAAGCUCGACGCAAUUAAGAAGGCCGAAGAUAGAGAAUUGUUUAAACAGGCGAUGAAGAACAUUGGGAUUAAGACGCCCCCUUCUGGCAUUGGCAAAACGCUCAAGGAGUGUAUUGAAAUUGCUAACGAGAUUGGCGAAUUCCCUUUAAUCAUAAGGCCAGCCUUCACUUUAGGUGGAACAGGAGGAGGGAUUGCAUAUAAUAGGGAAGAAUUUGAGGAAAUUUGUAAGGCCGGGCUUGCAGCUAGCAUAAACAAUCAAGUUUUGAUAGAGAAGUCUCUGUUAGGUUGGAAGGAGUAUGAACUUGAAGUUAUGAGAGAUUUGGCGGACAAUGUGGUCAUCAUAUGUUCUAUUGAGAAUAUUGAUCCAAUGGGAGUUCAUACUGGAGAUUCUAUCACUGUUGCACCUGCGCAAACUUUGACUGACAAGGAGUAUCAGCGACUUCGGGAUUACUCAAUUGCCAUAAUGAGAGAAAUAGGGGUAGAAUGUGGGGGUUCUAACGUGCAGUUUGCUGUCAAUCCAAGAGAUGGCGAGGUGAUGGUAAUUGAGAUGAACCCAAGAGUUUCUAGGUCAUCAGCUCUGGCAUCUAAGGCAACUGGAUUUCCAAUAGCAAAGAUGGCUGCAAAAUUAUCCGUAGGUUACUCACUGGAUCAAAUCCCAAAUGAUAUCACUAAAAAGACACCAGCUAGUUUCGAGCCUUCAAUAGAUUAUGUUGUCACAAAAAUUCCUCGGUUCGCUUUUGAAAAGUUCCCUGGUUCUCAGCCAAUAUUGACGACACAGAUGAAAUCAGUUGGCGAGGCAAUGGCUGUUGGACGAACAUUCCAAGAGUCAUUUCAAAAAGCAGUACGCUCUCUAGAAUAUGGCUUCUCUGGGUGGGGAUGUGGACAAGUGAAGGAGUUGGAUUAUGAUUGGGACCAAUUGAAGUAUAACCUGAGAGUUCCUAACCCAGAUCGCAUCCAUGCCGUAUAUGCUGCUAUGAAGAAAGGGAUGAAAAUUAAUGAGGUUCAUGAGCUCAGUUACAUUGACAAAUGGUUUCUUACGCAGCUCAAGGAGCUACUUGACGUGGAAAAUUUCUUGUCAUCUCAUAAUUUGAUGGAUUUGACAAAGGAUGACUUGUACGAAGUGAAGAGGAGAGGAUUUAGUGAUAAACAAAUUGCAUUUGCCACUAAAUCAACAGAGAAAGAAGUUCGCUUUAGGCGAUUGUCUCUGGGUGUCACUCCAGCAUAUAAGCGAGUAGAUACUUGUGCAGCUGAAUUUGAAGCCAACACGCCUUAUAUGUACUCUUCUUAUGAUUUUGAAUGUGAAUCAGCUCCCACUCAAAAGAGGAAGGUUUUAAUCCUGGGCGGAGGGCCAAAUCGAAUUGGUCAAGGGAUUGAGUUUGACUACUGUUGUUGUCAUGCAUCUUUUGCUCUUCAGGAAGCAGGGUACGAGACAAUCAUGGUGAAUUCAAAUCCUGAGACGGUGUCCACAGAUUAUGACACUAGUGACCGCCUAUACUUUGAACCAUUGACCGUUGAAGAUGUCUUAAACAUCAUUGACCUGGAAAAGCCUGAUGGUAUCAUUGUGCAAUUUGGUGGUCAAACGCCCUUAAAGUUGGCUCUCCCUAUACAGCAGUACCUGGACGAACACAAGCCAGCUACUGCCAGUGGGAAAUCUAGUGUAAGCAUUUGGGGAACAUCUCCUGAUUCCAUAGACGCUGCUGAGGACAGAGAGAGGUUCAAUGUGAUGCUUAGGGAAUUAAAAAUUGAACAGCCCAAAGGAGGAAUUGCAAAGAGUGAAGCAGAUGCUCUUACUAUUGCUUCAGAUGUUGGAUAUCCAGUUGUUGUCCGUCCCUCCUAUGUGUUGGGUGGUCGGGCAAUGGAAAUUGUUUAUGGUGAUGAUAAACUCGUGACAUACCUUGAGAGUGCUGUUGAGGUGGAUCCAGAACGUCCUGUAUUAAUUGACAAGUAUUUAUCUGAUGCUAUAGAGAUUGAUGUUGACGCUCUUGCUGAUUCACAUGGCAAUGUGGUCAUUGGUGGGAUAAUGGAGCACAUUGAACAGGCUGGGGUCCAUUCUGGUGACUCUGCUUGCUCAAUACCCACGAGAACUGUUCCAUCUUCUUGUUUGGAGACAAUUAGGUCGUGGACUGAAAAAUUGGCCAAAAAACUGAAUGUAUGUGGGCUUAUGAAUUGUCAAUAUGCAAUUACUACAUCAGGAGACGUGUUUUUGCUCGAGGCCAAUCCUCGAGCUUCCCGUACUGUCCCAUUUGUAUCAAAAGCAAUUGGGCACCCCUUGGCUAAGUAUGCUUCACUUGUUAUGUCCGGAAAAUCUCUUUAUGACAUCAAGUUUACAAAAGAGGUUGUUCCUAAACAUGUCUCGGUUAAGGAAGCAGUUCUUCCUUUUGCAAAGUUCCCUGGCUGUGAUGUUCUUUUGAGCCCUGAGAUGCGGAGCACUGGUGAGGUCAUGGGCAUUGACCCCAUGUACAAUACUGCAUUUGCUAAGGCUCAAAUUGCUGCUGGCCAAAAGUUACCACUUUCUGGUACUGUGUUCCUGAGCUUGAGUGACUUGACAAAACCACACCUUGAGAAGAUUGCUAAGGCUUUUGUCGAGAUUGGAUUUCAGAUUGUUGCAACUUCUGGAACGGCUUGUGCUCUUCGAUCAGCAAAAAUUGCUGCUGUACCCGUGCUGAAACUGCAUGAAGGGCGGCUACAUGCUGGUGAUAUGAUUGCUAAUGGAGACAUUCAAUUGAUGGUAAUAACCAGUUCAGGUGACACUCUUGAUCAGAUAGAUGGUCGGGCUCUCAGGAGGAUGGCAUUGGAUUACAAGGUUCCAAUUGUAACUACGGUUAAUGGAGCUCUGGCAACCGCUGAAGCAAUAAAGAGCUUGAAGUCCAAUGCUAUUAAAAUGAUUGCUCUCCAGGACUUCAUUGAAGACGAGUUUAAAGAGUGAGACGAUAGUUGCAGAUAGUCUCUUUCUCAACCGGCAUGAUUAGGAUUACUAUGAGGUUGAACGACUUGCUGGAUUUGGUAGGGUGGCUGAUGAAUUUUAAGGGAAUGUUUUCUAUUGUGGAGUAACAGUGAGCAAACUAAUAUGAAAGGUUAUGCAUUCUGUGUCCUCACUCGUAAGAAAGCACUUGUUAUUUUGAAGAAUAGUUUAAUAGUCUGUUGGAUUUCUUCCACUCAUAUUAUUUAGUUUUUAAAAUGUUGAGAUUAAAAUUGGAUGAUGGUCGUUAGCUCCGAAAUAUUCAUACAUCCCCGGUGAAGCCA